AUCCAGUUGUCCAUCACUUGAUUCCAGCAAAUUUGGUAUUAAUAUCAAGACAUUUGACUACAAGACUAGUAUUAUGGACGACAUGCGGGCCGCAGAUGUGGUGAUCGGACACGCGGGCGCCGGAACUGCUCUGGAAGUGCUUCGCGAACGCAAACACUUCUUAAUGGUUAUCAACGAUGAGUUGAUGUCUAAUCAUCAGAAAGAGUUGGCCAUCGCUUUGCAAAAUGAAGGAUAUUUGCGAUACUGUUAUACAAACACUUUAGCUGAUAGUAUCAUCUCUUUUGACAAAGAGUUUGUGUCCAAACCAUUCCCACCACCAAAACCUCAGUUAUUCUCCAAUUUCGUGGACAACAUAUUCUUCACAUGACAUUAACCAUGAAAUCAAUUGUUUGUAUAAUAGUGAAGAUUUUCAUAUUACUGUUGAGCUAAUGGACUCUUACAGUCG